AUGGCUCUCUGGUUAACUAGACCUGUGUAUUUUGUAUUUCUGGAAAUUAUAGAUGUUAUAAUUUGUAAGGAUUUUCACCUUGGGCUCCUUAUGUUGCGGGGACAGAGAAAUUGGGCUAGUUAUGAACUUCAGGCUAGUGCAAUAUCUAUUGCUGUGGACAACGCCAGAAAAGAUGGACAUUUCUUGAACCACACCUUCAGUGUGACGUCAGCUUUUGUGAACGACAUGUCGCAGACAGCAGGAGAAGUUGUGCGCAUGAUCACAGAGGAUAAGAUCGAUCUUCUUUUAGGUCAUCCGUCCUCAAAACGGAAUCUUGGACCUGCGUAUGUGACACCGUACUAUAAAAUGCCACAUAUAAGCUGGGAAGCAAAUGACCCGACCUUUGGAAAUAAGGACGUUUUUAAGACCUUUGUACGACUAUCUGCAACCUUUAACAAAGCUGGUCUUGCCACAGCGGCACUGUUCACCAAAUUCAAGUGGAAUGUUACUGCAAUAUUUAUACAGACAUCAUACGCUCUUUGUUUACAUGCGAUGAAUGGUUUCCUAACGAAGAUAACUGAAAAAAAGAUAACUGUGGCUUCCUACCAGACUUUCACAGAUGAUCCGACAGACAAAGAGAUCGACAAAUACCUGCACAUUAUCAAGAAGACAGCAAGAAUUGUUUUUAUGUGUGCAAGGAAUAGCAAUUUCCGAAAAAUAAUGAUACGAGCUCACUAUAAUGGAAUGACGAGCGGAGAUUAUGUUUUCAUUGAUCCAAACUUCAAAGCAAACGAUGACCAAUACCAGUACCGAGCAUGGUACAAUAAUGACUCUGAUGACGUCAUAUCACGUGAAGCAUUUCGUCAUGUUAUUCAUUUGACGGCAGCCAGAUGGUUUGACGAUACCAGCAAGGAGCGUCACUUAGAACUAAUGAGGAUGAUCCCACAGAGAAUGACCGAACCCCCCUGGAAUGAUUCUACGGCACUUGAUGAAGGCUUAUCUCCCUCCCACUCGGCUUCAACGUUACAUGAUUCCAUGUAUCUAGCUGUUCUUUGGUGGGAACAUUGUUACAGUAACAAUCUGGACCACAAGGACGGAUCAGGGUUUCUCCAGUUUACAAAUAAUGUAACUUAUAAUGGUACAAGUGGAAAAAUUAAUUUUGACGGGAAUGGCGACAAACAGCCCGUGUUCUGGGUGGAGGAUAUGAAGAACGAAAGCGACGAGGCCAGGAUAUUUGCUAUUGUAGAGACGGGAUCGGAGAUAGUGAGUAUUUGGCAAGAUAAGUCUACUUUGUGGUUGACCAAAGACGGGGAGGCACCACCAAGUACACCACCGUAUCAUACCACAAAUAUUAUCAUCGCACUCUCUGCCUUUGUCUUGCUACUCAUCGCUAGCAUCAUCGCAGGAUUAUACAUAAGAAAGAGAAAAUACGACAUGACGAUUUUGCAGAUGACCUGGAAAAUUGAUUUCAAGGACAUAAGUACUAAAAGGAACAAACGUGGUAUUGGAAGUCAGCUCAGUAAAAGUACGUUUUCUUUACGUGAGAGGGACUGUAGCAGUGAAGGCACUGGGGUACUGAACUACACACAGACUGCAGAAUACAACGGCCAGACAGUGGCACUCAAAUCCAGCCAGUUAUCCAGCAUUCAGCUAAGCAUGACCAAUCUCAUAGAACUCAAAGCUAUGCGGGAGUUUUUACAUGCCAAUGUGAAUCCCUUUGUUGGAGCUUGCAUUGAUCCUCCCAAUAUCUGCUGCCUCUUUCUUUAUGGCACCAAGGGGAGUCUUCAGGAUGUAUUGGAAAAUGAUGAUAUUAAGUUAGAAUGGGCUUUCAAAGUUACAAUACUGAAAGACAUCGCUUUGGGAAUGAAGUAUCUCCACACAUCAGUCCUGAAAUCCCACGGUCGACUUAAAAGUUCUAAUUGCAUCAUCGACAACAGAUGGACCGUGAAGGUUACAGAUUACGGUGCAUCUGCUUUCUACAAACAAGAGGGUGUCGCAAAUAUUAAAAAAAUGGAGGAUUUCAAAGAUUUGUUAUGGACUUCUCCGGAAAUAUUAAGGUUUGAUGGCAUUUUCCCCAGGAAUGGUACAAGCACUGGCGAUGUAUAUAGUUAUGGUAUCAUCAUGCAUGAAACGUUUUACCGAAACGAUAUAGUAAAAGCAAUUCACAGUGGUCACUCCUAUAAACCGGAAAUUUACACGUCCGAGGUCAUCAAACCUCAAAUGCUGGAGUUAAUGGAGAUGUGUUGGGAUGACGACUGGCGAAAGAGACCCGAUUUUGUCAGCAUAAUAAAAUUUAUCCGGGAUAAUAACUCAGAGGCGGGCGUGAGUAUAAUUGACUCCAUGAUAAACAUGCUGGAAACGUAUGCCAACAACCUAGAGGACCUCGUAGAAGAGAGAACAGUCUCAUUAAACGAAGAAAAAGAUAAAACAGAUCGCCUACUUUACCGGAUGUUACCAAAAUCUGUCGCUGAUAGACUGAAGAGAGGAGAAUUUGUUGUCCCUGAAGCUUACGAAACGGUUACUGUUUUCUUUUCCGACAUCGUCGGUUUUACCACCAUCGCAGCUAAAAUCUCACCGCUAGAUGUCGUUGACUUCCUUAACGAGAUUUAUACGUUAUUUGACGAUAUAAUUUCAAAAUAUGAUGUGUAUAAGGUGGAAACAAUUGGUGAUGCCUAUAUGGUGGUCAGUGGUCUACCUGAGCGGAAUGGGAAUGCUCACAGUGGCGAGAUAGCUAACAUGUCACUGGCCAUAUUGGAACAACUCAAACAAUUCACGUUAAAGGCUAUCCCUGAACAAAAAAUAAUGGUUAGGAUAGGUCUACACACAGGACCAGUCUGUGCAGGAGUGGUGGGUUUGAUUAUGCCAAGGUACUGUCUAUUUGGGGACACAGUUAACACAGCCUCAAGAAUGGAAUCUAACGGAGAAGGAGGUAAAAUUCAUAUCACAGCGAUGACGAGAAAUGCAUUGCUUGAUUUAGGAGGGCAUGAGAUAACAGAUAGAGGGAAAAUUUUCAUAAAGGGAAAAGGAGAAAUGAACACUUAUUGGUUGGUCAACAAAACAGAAGCUAGCCAUAGGAAGUCCUCAGAAUCUGAAACGAAAGUGGAUUGA